AUGGAAGAGAACAAGAUUACUGCCAAUGGUAACUUAUACAUUCCCAAUGAGGCUGUCUUUGGAAUUCUAAAAUGGCUUCCUGCCAAGUCUCUAAUGCGUUUCAGAUGCAUUUCGAAAUCCUUUUGUUCUCUAAUAUCCGAACCCUUAUUCAUUCAAGAACAUGGCAAAAGUUUCAUUGCACAAUUCCUUGUAAGUCACGUAACUUUGACUCAAAAAGAAGUUACAUAUAAUUUAUCCCAGAGAAAAGAACAUCAAGAUUUAGCUUGUCCCAUCGAGUAUUUAGAUGAGCCAUGUUUUCGUAAUCUUCAGUUUAUGCAAUCUAUCAACGGCCUAGUUUGUCUAUGGAACUAUGAUGGAGAUGUUGCUAUUUGCAAUCCUUUCAUAAAAGAACAUAUCUUUCUUCCUAAAGUACAACCAAGGGAGAAAGGUUUCCUUUCAGUUACUACUUACUCCUUUGAUCCCACCAGCAAGAAACAUAAGGAAUUGAUGUCACACAUGAUUUUUAAUGAAGAUAGGAAACUUGUGGCGAAGUACUCACUUUUCACUAUUGGGGUGGACAAGUCGUGGAGAGAGAGAUCCAAUUGGACUGAAAUUAUCUCUUUGAACAAUUAUGUUUGUAUCGACGGAGUCAUUUAUUUUGAAAAUAUAUUUGGAGAUGACAUUGCUGCCUUCAGUAUUGUAGGUAACGAAAAGUUAAUUAGAACGAUCCCGUUCCCUAAAUUGAUAUCCACGAUGAAAAAAGCUUUCGAUUCUAUACCAAAAAUAGUAGACAUAAAGGGACAUGUUGCAGUACUUCUAGAUGACAAGAGAUUUCAGGGCAUUGGUAGAAUUCUUAUAUAUGUUCUCAAUGGUAGUAGUGAAACAGAGACAUGGUUGAAACAUACAGUUGAGCUACCAUCGGAGUUCAUACAUACACACGGGUUCGAGCAGUGGAAAUAUCCUCUUGCAAAAAUGUAG